AUGUCUACUGCGCGUCGCUCUCGCGGCUGCAACGGCAAGCCGGCCUUGGGUGAAACCUAUUCGCGCGCUGACGAGGCGCUCUGGGAUGAUGCGUACUUGUUGAAGCUGUUUAACGAACAGCUGGACAAUGCCGACGCCGUCAAAGAUACUCGCGAGGACGGGCAGGAUCACGACCAUUCCGUCCUGUCCACUGGAACUGAGAGUUCGGAGGGGGAGGAGGAGGAGGAGGAGGAGGAGGGGCGUGUGUCCACUUCAGCGACAUCGUCGGGCACAGCUGCAACGGAGCGAGACGUACGAGCGCCGCGCGGCUCGACGUCUGCAAAGUCCAAGAUGGUAAGUCACGACUUUCCAACUUUGAAUGGCCUUCCCGAGGACAUUCAGGCACUAGUGCACUCGUUCUAUAAUGCUGGUUUUGAGGCCGGCCGUUUCAUUGGUCGAUCCGAUGCAUUAAAGAAGCGCAGCCGUAAGCGCCAUCGCUGA